UUCGAACAAAAAUAAACAACCGAAGGAAAUCAGCUUGACGACAACAACACAAAAACGGGCAAUGAGUGCUUGUCAAUAAUUUUUCUUGAAGCCUGACGAUUAUUUGUUUUAAAAAUGAGUAGUAUUUACAUUCAAGAGCCACCUACUUUUGGAAAGGUCCUUUUAAAGACAACUGUCGGCGACAUCGACAUCGAGCUCUGGUCUAAAGAAGCGCCGAAAGCAUGUCGGAACUUUGUGCAGCUGUGCAUGGAGGGCUAUUACAAUGGGACCAUCUUCCACAGGGUUGUCAAGGAAUUCAUAGCCCAGGGUGGUGACCCGACGGGCACAGGAGAGGGUGGCGAGUCCAUCUGGGGCCACCCUUUCAAAGAUGAGUUCCACUCGCGACUCCGCUUCUGCAGACGAGGACUGGUGGCCAUGGCCAACGCUGGCAAGGAUGACAAUGGCUCGCAGUUUUUCUUCACCCUCGGACCAACCCAGGAGCUGCAGAACAAGCACACAAUUUUUGGCAAGGUCACAGGCGAGACGGUUUACAACAUGUUGAAACUGGCUGACGGUGAAUUCGACCAAAACGAACGGCCAGAAUUUCCUCAAAAAAUUGUGAAAACCACGGUGCUGAACAAUCCGUUUGAUGAUAUUGUCCCCAGGGUGCAUGAAAAGCAGAAAUCAAAGAGAAAGAAGGACAAGAAGACGGGAGUGAAAGACUUCAAACUUUUGUCCUUUGGAGAGCAAGCUGAGGAGGAUGAGGUCGAGACGGAGAGAGAAAAUAAAAAAUUCUCAGGCAAGAGCAAAUCUACUCAUGAUCUUUUGGACGACCCAAAAUUGAGCUCACAACCAGCUGUCGUGAAGGAAGGCGAAGAACAAGAACCAGAAAGUGAAUCAGAUUUAAGUGGAGACGAAAAGGAACAGGAGGCAGAAGCAAAAAGCUCUGGGGAUUUAAGCAAAGUUAAAAAUAAGCUUUCGUUGAAGAAAUCAAGUACCCAGUCAAAAAAGACAAAGGACGAUGAUGAAGAACCUGACGUUGAGUAUGUUUUGGGUCAAGACGAAAGAGAGGCUCGCAAACGCAAGGCUGAAGAAUUAAAGAAAGAAUACGAAGCGCUAAGGAAGAGUAUGAAAAAACCUAAAGAAAAGGAAGAAGAACCAGAGGAGGAGGAAAAAGAGAGCGAGGUCCUUCAGGCAUACAAUAAGGAGAAAGAGGAAUAUGAAAGUAAGAAGAAACAGCUACCUAAAAAAGGAACUGACAGGGAGGCUUUCACCAUGGCGUUGCUUGCUAAGUUCCAGAAGAAAUUGGGGAAAAUGAAGGAGGCUCAAAAUAGUGAUGAAGAGGAUGAAGUGCCAGAUGCACAAGAAGACGAACCAGAAGUCGCAGAUGCCGAUUUUGGAAAAGACGAAGGACAAUGGAUGUCGAGAAAACUGCGCUUCAACCAAAACGCUCCCAUUCUUGCAAAAGAUGCAAGCACUAAGGACGAGCGACCUGGAGAUUGGUUUGAUCUCAACGACCCUCGGAAUCCAAUCAACCAGCGAAGAAGGGAGGGCCACAAAUCAUCCAAAAAAUAGUGCAAGUUUUAUGAUAUUUAAAAAUAAAUCAGCUAAA